AUGUCCCGAGCCACGAGAGUAGCGUCGGCAACGCGGAGAGCUACGAGGAGCUGUACCUCUUCAAGAGCAGGCGACGCAGCAGUCAAGAAGCAGCAACCCGAAGAAGCCGCGAUCAAGCAAGAACAGCAAACUCCCGAGAAACCCUCGCGCGCACAGGCUAAGCGGGCCCUCUCCGCGAUCGAGAAGGAGACACCCAAGAGGAAGAGGGUCAAGAAGGAAGAAGACUCGCCCCUGCAAUCGGCCUCGCCCUCGUCCUCGCAUCCUUCCAAGAAAUCUCCCUCCUCGACAAGAAGCACGCCAUCCACCCUGAAGGACAAGAAACUCAAGUCCUACGCCCAAUUCGCAAAUGCAUCGCCCUUUCCGGACUUCCACCACCCCACCCCCGAAGAAUGCAAGCUGGCGCAUCGCAUCCUCUCCUCCCUACACGGCCCCCGGACCCGCCCCACCCAGCUCAUCGCCUCUACUGACCGAGCAGGUUGUGGCGAUUCCCCCUCCGUGCUCGAUGCCCUGGUCCGCACGAUCCUCUCCCAGAACACCAGCGACGUGAACUCGUCCCGCGCCAAGAAGAGUAUGGACAAAACAUAUGGCCGCAGCGACAAAUGGGACGCCAUCGUCGCGGGUGGACAGGCCAAACUCCAAGACGCAAUCAAGUGUGGCGGGCUGAGCGCGGUGAAGAGUAAAGUCAUCCUCAGCAUCUUGAAUCAAGUGUAUGAGAAAUACGGGCUCUAUUCGCUCGAUCACUUACACCAGGCGAGCAGUGAGGAUGCCAUGGCUGAGAUGCUGAGCUUUCAGGGUGUGGGCCCGAAGACGGCCUCCUGCGUGCUGCUGUUUUGCCUGCAGAGAGAGAGUUUUGCCGUGGAUACCCAUGUCUGGCGGAUUACUGGAUUGCUGGGGUGGAGGCCGAAGACCGCCACGAGGGACGAGACGCAUGCGCAUUUGGAUGUUAUGAUCCCCGAUGAGGAUAAGUAUGGCUUGCAUAUUCUGUUGGUGACGCACGGGAAGAAGUGCGACGAGUGUAAGGCUGGCGGGAAGAAUCUGGGAAAGUGUGAGCUGAGAAAGGCCUUCAGACAAAAGAAGAUGGAAGGGGAAGCCGGAGAGGAUGUCAAGCAGGAAGAGGUCGAGCUGGUGAAGCAGGAGAACGCAUAG